CACGUCCCCCAUGGCUAGUCCGUUCUUGACGCUCGAAGAUCUCAAGGCGUGCUUCUCACUCUUCUGCGUCGCCUUUGGCAUUGGCUCCCUUGGUAUGCCGGGCAACUACGCCCGAGCUGGCUACGUCUGGGCGACCGUCGCGCUUGCCUUUAUGGCGUCCAUCAACUUGUACGCGCUCGUGUGCAUCUCGAAAGUUAUGCUCGUCGCGCCCAAGAAGGUGCAGACACUUGGCGACAUGGGCGAGUGGGUCUUUGGCAAGACGGGUCGCUGGGUCACGGUCAUCACGCACAUGUUGGUGUGCACGAUGGUCCCGAUCGUGUUCUUGGUGCUUGGUGGGACCUUGCUCACGGUGUUGUUUCCGGGUUCGUACGACGACUCGACGUGGAUCGCGCUCAUGGGUCUCUCGCUCCUCCCGGUUUGCCUUAUCCCGACGCUCAAGGACGGUGCCGGCACCGCGGCGGCCGGCGCCCUUGGCACUGUGUUUGCAGAUGUGAUUGCGCUCUACAUUCUGAUCAACAACACGACGCCGAUGCCGUCGGGCAUCUCGCCGCCGUCCCCGCACAUUACGUUUGAAGGCGUCACGACUGUCUUUGGCAACCUCUCGCUCGCGUACGGCGCCGGCGUCAUCAUUCCGUCGCUCCAGCGUGAACACUCGCAGCCCGAGCGCAUGCCGCGCGUGAUCACCGUGACGAUCUCGGUCAUCACCGUGCUCUUCCUCCUUAUCUCUAUCUGCGGCGACUUUACCAUGGGCUGCCAAAUCCCUGGCAACCUUCUCUUUGCCAUCAUUGGCGACAGCCUCGGCUUCACGGCCUCGCGCGGCGGCAUCAUCCUCUCGUUUCUCUUUAUGCAGCUGCACAUUUCGAUCGCAUUUGCGCUCGUGCUCUUCCCGGCCAUGUUUAUUGCCGAGCGCCUCAUCCUCGGUUUGCACAAGGAACGCUUCACGCUCAAUGCGCCGGCGUACGUCGACGUUGAGACACCCGACGAGGCCAAGACCGACGCGGCCGUGGCUGACGUGGCCGACGAAGUCAACGACGAGGUGCUCGACCCCUCGGCGGCGUACAAGGCGCCGGGUGCGUACCUCAAGGCCGCGGUUCUCCGCAUUCUCAUGGUUGUCCUCUGCGUCGUCAUUGCGAUCGUCUUCAAGGACAAGUUUAGCGACCUCUUAGAUUUCGUUGGCGCGUCGGCCACGUCGCUCUGCUGCACGAUUCUGCCAAUCGCGUUCUACCUCCGCACGUUCCGGCACACGAUGGGGCUGCCGGAGAAGUGCUUUGCCGUGCUUUCGAUCGUCGUCACGUCGGCGCUCGCGAUCUAUGUGAGCGUCAACACGGGCAAGGCGCUCUUCUCGCCGACGCCGCAGACCAUCAAGUUUCCGUUCUGCGAGCCCGAGUUCCAGACGUAUGUGUACACCAACCGCACGUACUACAAGUACUGAUAGACAAGAGACGAAUGACAAUAUUGUGUAUGUGAUUAUUGCACGAA